AUGUCCUCCUCACCAAGCCAAACCCCAGGCUCCGGCGACGCCAACAAGGCCACGCCCUCUACUGCCACAGCUGCGGUAACAACAACAUCAGCAGCAGCAGCAGCAGCAGACGACAAGCCGCGGCUCACCGAGGAGGAGAAGAAGCAGAACCACAUCGCAUCAGAACAAAAACGUCGCCAGGCCAUCCGCGAGGGCUUCGACCGACUCACCGAGCUCGUGCCCGGGCUGGAGGGACAGGGCCGAUCCGAGGGCCUCGUGCUGAAGCGCACGGUCGAUUACAUGCGCGACCAGAUUGUGCAGCGACAGGCGCUGAUUGAGCGCAUCGAGCAGGCGGGUGGGAACGUCGAUCCCAAGUACAAAAAGUAA